UAUCCACAUAACGCUACAAAUCUCCAGUUUCCCUCCUUCCUCACUCUGUUCUUUCCCUUCCCCCACUUUGCCCCAGAGACACUAAACUCUGCUGUGCUUUAAGCAGUUUAAGGACUAAUCAGAAAGAGGAAGUAGAAUCGGUAUAUAUUGGCUAGCAAAUGUGCCCUGCCCUGACCUCUCUCCUCCUGAAAAGAGCCGCAACCCAACUUUGCAAAGAAGCUUGCCUAAAGAGCAGGCAGGCUGUGAAUGGAGUACACUUUUAACACCAGCCAGAAUAUCCAGAUUUACUCUGCUGCUCACCACGAAGGUUAGCUCUCCAGGAGACUGGAUACUGGACUUACUGAAGAUUUGGAUCUUGCAGUCAGAGAGAAAGCACAGAAGGACCCUAAACUGCGACGUUUGAAAUCAGCAGCUUGAACAUAGCCUGACGUUACAACGUAAGAAGCAGUGACCACAAUAAAAAGGAAUAUUUGCAAGGGCGCUGCAGUGCCAGAAAGAGGCACCAACAGAACAUGGAUGGAGCUGGAAAUCUGACAGCAUCGCCUAUCAGAUGCCCGGACAUCGACGACUUCCGCAAUCAAGUGUACUCCACAAUGUACUCUAUGAUCUCUGUUGUGGGCUUCUUUGGCAAUGGUUUUGUGCUCUAUGUCCUUAUAAAAACGUAUCACGAGAAAUCAGCCUUCCAAGUAUACAUGAUUAAUUUAGCGAUAGCGGAUCUAUUGUGUGUAUGUACAUUGCCUCUCCGUGUGGUCUAUUAUGUUCACAAAGGCAUUUGGCUCUUUGGUGACUUUCUGUGCCGACUCAGCACCUAUGCCUUGUAUGUUAACAUGUACUGUAGCAUCUUCUUUAUGACAGCCAUGAGUUUUUUCCGGUGUGUUGCUAUUGUUUUCCCAGUUCAGAACAUUAAGUUGGUUACACAGAAAAAAGCCAAAUUUGUGUGUGUUGGAAUUUGGAUUUUUGUGGUUUUGAUCAGUUCUCCAUUUUUAAUAUCCGGGUCUUACCAAGAUAUGAAAAACAAUACUAAGUGCUUUGAGCCUCCACAGGACAGUGAAACUAAAAAAAAAAUUUAUAUUUUGGUCUUGCAUUAUGUGUCAUUAUUCAUUGGCUUCAUCAUCCCUUUCCUCAUUAUAAUUGUCUGUUACACAAUGAUCAUUCUGACAUUACUAAAAAAUUCAAUGAAGAAAAAUCUGGCAAGUCGUAAAAAGGCUAUAGGAAUGAUCAUCAUUGUGACAUCUGUUUUUUUAAUCAGCUUUAUGCCAUAUCAUAUUCAACGCACAAUCCACCUUCAGUUUUUAAGUGAAACUAAACCCUGUGAUUCUGUCCUUAGGAUGCAGAAGUCGGUGGUCAUAACCUUAUCUCUGGCCGCAUCGAAUUGUUGCUUUGACCCUCUCUUAUACUUCUUUUCAGGUGGGAACUUUAGGAGAAGGCUGUCUACAUUUAGAAAACAUUCUUUGUCCAGUUUGACUUAUGUACCCAAGAAGAAGGCAUCCUUGCCAGAAAAAGUAGAUGAAAUAGGUACAGAAUAAUUCAAAUUCAUCUCCAGUACAAACCAGUGAACUGUUUCCCAAAUAAAUAUUUUCCCAAAUCACUUACAAUAAAAAUUAAUUUCUGAUUAAUAAUUUACAAAUAAUCAAUAAUAUGUGCCUUUAAAUGUAUCACAUUUAUAAGUCCUAUUAGAUAUUUUAAGUAUUCAAAAUUCAAUUCAUAACAAUGAGCUAAAUUAUAGAAUUUUUUAACCAUUCACUAGAAGGUGGAGAACAUUUAUGAUUUUGCACUCUAAAACUGAGUAUGAAAUCAAGGUUUUCCUCCUCAGAUAAAAGCUUCGCAAAGGAUACAAACUACACUUUUGAUUCUAGAUUUUAAGUACAGCUUUAAAAUUAGCAAAUAGUCGUCAAUCAUCUUAAUGUGUCCCUUUGCAUGCAUGCAUUAGAUGAAACCUGGAGAUGACCCAGGAGCUACAGAAAUGUACUGUCAGCCUUUUCCUUUGUAGUGUUGACUAGCUAGGCAAAGUAGUGCCAUUUCUUCCAGAAGAGAAUGUACCAGUGCUAGAAUAGAGUAAAAUUCAGCCAAAUGGCUUACAGGCCACAUGCAAUAGACUGCCUGGAAACUGAAGAAGAUAAAUCUGAUCAAAAGCCAACUUGUCUCCAAUCUUCUAUCUUUGACUCAAGCUCACCAAAGGCAUGGUGUUUUUGUUGCCCACUGAGGUUCCUGUAAGGAAUCCAACCUCAAUUGGACAUAUAGUUCUUCCUUAAAAAGUCAGACAACUGGCAUUUCCAUAUAUGAGCAGAAGUAAUUAAAAUUUGGCUCAAGAACAAGAACAAGGCCCUCCUUUCUACAUGAGUAUUACUGGAUCAAAAUUUAUUACAGAAGACACCUGAAGAAGAUUUGGAGCAUCCAUGUCACAAAUUCUUUUAAGAAGUAUAUGUAUUUGCAGUAUGUGUGUAAAUAUACAACCUUGUUCUAUGGCAUGCAUUUAUGAAUGAAAGUUAACUAAUGAGAUUUAUUAUUUCUAUACUUUGCUUUUUAUUGGUGUGUUAAAGGACUAUCAAUUAUUUACAGUGAUUUUAUUAUUACAGUAGAACUUUUGUUCUUAAAGCAAAACAGUGAAAACAGCUUGGUUGUGACUAAAAUAUGAUAUUCAUUGGCAAAAUUUUUUGAAGUUCAAUUUGCUCAACUCUGUUCCAAAAGUCAUAUAACUUCAGAAGAAAGAAAUAAUAACAGAGAUGGGGAAAAGGAAUGGAGUUCUAUCUGAAUCUGCCACAUGUACAUUAUUUCUAUCUCACUUCUUUUGUUGCACUCCCUUGGCAAAAACCAAAGAAACAUAAUAAAGAGAGUCCUUUGAUGCACAAAAAUAACUGGUACCCACUGAAUUUUAUUUAACAUACCUGAACACUGGCAGUAUCCAGACUUUCACUCUGUUUUUCUCUCUUGUUUGAGGCAAAUAUCAAACACAAUAUCUAUCACAAAUAGCCUUCAUUUCUUAUUUUAUACUUUGGGGCAAGCAACACAGUGUGGUAGAAGAGGACACUGGAAGCCAGGAGACCUAGAUGCAAACUUGAUCUCUAUUACUAGUUGCGUACUUUAAGUAAGCCCCAUAAACCCUGAAUUUCAACUUCCUCAAUUGUAAAAUGAGAAUGUUACUUGUUUUACCUUUCUUGUGGGCAUUUAUGAAACUCAAAUGAGAUAGAGAUGGAAAAGUUUUACAUUUAAAAUAUAUAGUAACACAUCAUUUUAAAGUAUUUAAAAAUGGUUUUGUUAAAUAUGUUGAUUCAUAUUAAGUACAUCAAUCCUUGAUUUUGAAAUAAUUAUAAUAAAACAUGCCACAGUUAAAUUCUGUUGCAUAUAAAAGAAUCAUGUUGCUUAUUUAUUCCUAUCUCCAAACUUUUGUCUGUGUUUCCAUUUCUACACACAUAGCCAUAUAUAUGAUAUAGAAACACACCAUAAACCUUCAGUCAUCUACAAACCCAUCAUGAAUGUAUUCUUUCAUUUCUUUCAUGAAUUACAUAUUUAUAGCCUAUACCAUACAAGUUAGAACUUACUAAGUUUCCCAAUUCUUCCACAUAUGAUAGUAUUUUCUCCCAAAAUAUUAUCACUGAUCCUUGUGAAUUGAUCAGCUCCUUGAGAUGAUAAAUCAUAUCUUUAGAUGGAAGUAUUUACCAUUAAUGAGCUCUAUAUACUAUAUUCUAUUAUGCAUGUUUUACCUCUACCAAUGUAUUCAAUAUAUCUGCCCUGAGAGGUAGGUACCAAUAUUAUCCUUAUUUUGCCAGCAAACUUCAGAACCAAGAUUCAAAUCCAGGCACUCUGAUACUAGAGCCUAUGUUCUUAAUUUUCUAAAUAUCCUGCAGCACCAUUUUCAGAUAUGACAUUUUAGUUAUACAAGACAAAUAGGUCCUAGAGAUUUGCUAUACAAAAUUAUGCCUUUAAUAUUUUAAUAUGACAAAUCUCAUGUUGUAUUAUUGCCACAAACAGAUGAUUGAAAAGUUGAUAGAUCAAUAGAUACAUAGAUAGACGAUAGAUAACUAAAGUGUAUGUGUAAGAUUUUUUAACUGUAUGAACACAUGAACUCUGAUUUAAGGUCUGUUAAUUUAGUCAGAAAAACACCAUAACAAAAUUAUAAAGUAGCUUAGACUAUUGAAAUUAGAAGUACCUCAAUACUUGCAAUUUCUAAUGACAAUAUAAUAGACUAUGGAAUUAUCAUUAACACAUUCCUUUGGUCACCAGCACCUUAUCAGUUAUUCAAACUGUCUCUCAUUAUACACUAAUUUCAUACACCCAAUAUUGCUUAUGUACCUCUCAAUAAUUUCUGAUCUCAAGCAAAUGCUCUGUAUUUUAAUUUUCAGAAUAAAUAAAUUGAUUUUGUGUGCUCAA